CAGUGCUGGGAAAUCUGAUAUCUGCCUUACAUCAUUAAAUACUGUUUUUACCAACAGGAUAAAAUGAUAGGCCAAGAGAUCAACGCAAGCAACCAAUCAGCAGGCUGCACUGCACUAGUUGCUCUUUAUCUGCAGGGAAGGCUCUAUGUGGCAAAUGCAGGUGAUAGCAGGGCACUUCUUGUUCGAAAACGGAGCAUCAUUCCCUUGAGUUCUGAAUUUACCCCUGAGACAGACAGGAAGAGAAUCCAGCACCUGGCUUUCAUCUACCCAAAGCUCUUAGCAGAUGAGUUCACACGGUUUGAGUUUCCAAGGAGAUUGAAAGGAGAUGAUUUAGGCCAGAAGGUCCUCUAUCGAGAUUAUUCAAUGGAAGGCUGGGGAUAUAAAACAGUAAUGAAAGAAGAUCUCAAAUACCCUCUGAUUCAUGGACAUGGGAAACAGGCUCGUUUACUAGGCACCCUGGCUGUAUCUCGAGGCCUGGGAGAUCAUCAGUUGAAAGUAAUUGAAACAAAUAUUGAAAUUAAGCCUUUUCUCUCCUGCAUCCCUAAGGUGGAAGUAUUUGACUUAAUAUCAGAAAAUGUUAAUGAAGAUGAUGUCCUCAUCAUGGCAACAGAUGGCCUUUGGGAUGUUUUGUCCAAUGAAGAGGUAGCCCAAAUUGUCACAAAUUUUCUUCAGAACAAUACAACUGAUCCAUACAGGUUUUCAGAAUUGGCCAAAUUGCUUGUGCAAAAAGCAAGAGGGAAGGAGAAUGGUUAUUACUGGAUCAAGGACAGUAAAGAGCCUGCUUCUUAUGAUGACAUUUCUGUAUUUGCAAUUCCAUUGUAUAACAAGAAUGAAUAUUAAACAAUCUGCUGCUGCUAAAGGAGGCACAACUUGUCUUCAGAUGGUAAUGGAACUGUAUCAAAACAUACAGUUGCUGAAAACUGCAAAUUCAGGCUUUGA